AUGGGUUUGGGCACUCUUUUUGGUACUUCCAACCGGAAACUGAUUUUGAACAGGACCCAGCGAAUGAUCAAUACCAUUUCUCUCUUCAUGAUAUCGAGUGGCAUGAUUACCACGGCAAUUAAUAUGGCAACACUGAUCUCGUUUAUUGCUUCCCCAAACACACUUGCCUUUCAAGUUUUCUCUGUUUUAGGCUUCAAAGCAUAUGUUAACACUCUCAUGGCCAUACUCAAUAUUCGGAACUUGAUUCACUACAAUCUGAGCCACACCUCCAACGUUAUCACAGAUGGUCUUAAUGGUUUAUCUGGUAGUGGAUCAGACAACACUGCUACACUUAGUUUCCGGGCUGCUACAGCUCCUCAUGCAGUGAGCAGAACUCAAGACUAUGACAUCCCCUUGAAUGAAAAUGUCCUGGGCAAGCCUUCUGGGAGUUUCCAAGCUGCCUAG